AUGAAGUUAUGGGCUGUUCUGGCUGUCUGCAUUUUGCUGUCGAGCUCUGUGUCCAACACUCCGUUGCCCUCACACUGGUUAGCUGGUAAAAAGAGAUCUAGUCAAGAGUCCCAGCUGGAAGACGAGGACACGGCUUUGGGGAUGUACGAAGCAACUCCUGAGCGUCCAACUGCCGUACACGGCCAGCAAGAUGUGCACAACUUUUCUGAAAUACCUGAUGACUAUCCAGAUCAGGUUGAUGACGUGUUGGAGUUCAUUCAAGACACCAUAAAAAGACUUCGGAGGUCAUCCAACAAGCAAUCUCUCUCCCGGCGAGACAGAGGGAGACACAUUGUUGCAGCAGAGACUCAAAGUUCCAGUAAAAGAGCAGGCAAAGAUAAAAAGCGUAAAAACAAAGGCUGCGUCCUACGGGAAAUCCACUUGAACGUGACAGACUUGGGUUUGGGCUACGAAGCCAGGGAGGAACUAAAAUUUCGAUACUGCAGUGGCUCCUGCAGUAACCCAGAGACAACGUAUGACCAAAUUCUCAAAAAUUUGACUAUCAAGAAAAAGUUGGUUAAUGAUAAGGUGAAGCAAGCAUGUUGCAGGCCAAUUGCAUUCGAUGAUGAUGUCUCCUUCCUGGAUGACAAUCUAGUUUACCACACUUUGAAACAACAUUCCGCCAAGAAAUGUGGAUGCGUUUGA